AUGACGGUUGACGAAGCGCCGCAAUCAACCGACAGCCUCGAGGCCGCAGCGCCCGAGAAAGCACCCACUCCGGUGGGUUUCUGGGAUCCAGCCUUAGAAGCGACCCGCAAGCGAGUGGUUCUACUAUGGGCGCGCAUAGUAGUGUUGAUGCUCUGCGUCUUCAUCCUCUGUAUACUUUCGCUGUACUGGGCCGUUCAGUUUCGAGCGGAGGACCGACUACCUGCUUUGACCGUCUGGGUGGUCGACUUCGAUAACCAGGUUGAGCCAUAUAAAAAUGAUACUCUGACCGCGAUUGUGGGACCGGUCGUGACGGACGUGGCGCGGCAGGCUGUUCAGUCGAAUCGCAAAGGCGUCGGAUACACGAUCAAAUCGCCCGCCGACUUCGACUUUGAUCCCUGGGCUGUGCGGCAGGGGGUCUACGACGAGCAUGCGUAUGCCGCGGUGAUUGUGAACCCGAACGCGACGGCGCUGCUUUACGACGCGGUGCGCAACGGCAACUCGUCGUAUGAUCCGUCCGGCGCUGCGCAGUUCAUCACCAUCAGCGCUCGCGACCAGACCACGUAUUCCAGCUACAUCGACCCGGCGCUAUCGUCGUUCCAGCUGGCCGCGCUGGCCGAGUUUGGUCCCAAAUGGGUGCAGACGCUCGCCGCGCAGUCGGUGAACAUCUCGAGAGUGCCGCAGGCUGUGAACCCCGCGAUUGGCUUCCAGCAGGUGGACCUUCGACCGUUCGGCCCGGCUGCGGCAACGCCGUCCGUGACCAUUGGCCUGAUUUACCUGAUCAUCAUUGCGUUUUUCAACUUCCCGUUCCUGAUGCCCGUCCACGUGCAGCUGAUCAAGGGCGACCAUCCGCCGCUGAAGGGUCCACAGUGGCUGCUCUGGCGGCUGUGCUCCAACAUCACGGCGUACUUCUUCCUCUCGUUGUUCUACUCGUUCGUGUCGCUGGCAUUCCAGGUCCCGUUCAGCAAUCAUCCGGCAUCGGAAACGCUCCUGGUGAGCAAUCCCAACGCCUAUGGACACGGAUCGUUCGUGGUGUUCUGGAUGCUGAACUGGGUCGGCAUGGCGGCGCUUGGUCUGCCGUGCGAGAACAUGGGCAUGAUCCUCGGCUUCCCCUGGAGCGCGCUCUUCCUCAUCUUCUGGGUUAUUUCCAACGUUGCCACGGGCUUCUAUGCGCUGGACCUGGCGCCGGCAUUCUUCCGCUGGGGAUACGCCUGGCCGCUACACCGGAUUGUCGAGGCACUCCGGACCAUCCUCUUCGACACGCAUUCCCGCAUCGGCCUCGAUUUUGGUGUUCUUUUUGCAUGGGUCGGCGUGUCUAUUCUCUUCUUUCCCGUUGCGGCGUUUAUCAUGCGAUGGAAGAUGAAGCGGGGGCUGUGA